AUGCAUCUCCUACACCUUGGUUUCAUCUGUAGUAAGGCAGAUUCUUCAUUAUUUACAUUGCAAGCUCACAAAGGCACCAUAUUUCUCUUGUUAUAUGUGGAUGAUAUUAUUAUCACAGGUAGUAAUCCAUCACAUGUUUUCGAGUUAGUUCGCCAACUUGGGAAAGAAUUUUCCAUGAAAGAUCUUGGUCCUUUACACUUCUUUCUAGGAGUAGAGGUUAAGUAUUUUGAUGGGGGUAUCCACUUUAGUCAGAGUAAGUAUGUUGUUGAGCUGCUGGACAAAGCUGAAAUGACUUUAGCAAAGGUUGUAGCCACUCAUUUGGCUCAAAAUCAUGGUUUACAUGAAGUUGUGGGAAUCAUGAUUGAUGCAUCUUUUUACAGAAUGAUAGUAGGGAGUCUUCAAUACUUGACACUCACAAGACCGGAUAUUACUCAUGCUGUGAAUUUACCAAGCCAAUUUAUGCAAAAUUCAAACAGUGAACAUCUUCAAAUGGUGAAAAGGAUUCUCAGGUACAUCAAAGGUUGUAUGGAUACUCAUGCUGAUUGGGGAGGUUGUACCACCACUAGGAGAUCAACUACAGGCUAUAGCAUCUACAUAGGUGCAAACUGUAUUUCUUGGACUUCCAAGAAACAAUCCACAGUUGCCCGAUCGAGUGCUGAAGCUGAGUAUAGAGCACUAGCCUCCAUUGCAGCAACGAUGACAUGGAUCAUAUAUCUUCUUCAUGACCUUGAGGUGUUUCUUCGAUCUGUACCUACAUUGUAUUAUGAUAACAUGAGUGCCUUGUACAUGACAGUUAAUCCAGUUAUGCAUGCUAGAACCAAACAUGUUGAAAUAGACUAUCAUUUUGUGCGUGAGAAGGUGGUCAGAGGACAACUUCUUACUCAGUUUGUGAGGUCUAAGGAUCAACUAGCUGAUAUUCAUACAAAAUCAUUGACCAAAUAG